AUUUAAAUGUAAUGAAUUUUCCCAUAAACACGUUUCAAUAAUGUUUUAAUUUCGCUCGAUAACAUUUCAAUAAAUAUUAAGUACACUACAGUGGUGAUAAAUUAGACUAUGGGAAAAUACUAUUAAUAAUUUUCAAUUAUGAUUUUGUCAACCGUAUGUUUCAGUAUUAUAAUGUCUUAUACCAGUAAUGGGGCUUUUGUUGAUCAUAAAUUAACUUCAGAAGUUUUACAUGAAGAAAUUAAUUUAGGUAAUAAAUUCUCGUUUAGUACGAGUAAGCAAAACAAAGAACAAUCAAUAAUUAAACGACAAACACAUCUUAAUAAUUUUAACGAAGUAGGAAUUUAUAAAACAAGCUUUGGACCAAGUUUACAAUAUAGACCCAGCCGUCUUUGGCCCUAUAAUAUUAAUCAUGAAUUAAGUUUUGGGGAUAGGCCAAACUAUCAGAGGCCCAAUAAUGGAAAAAUUGUUAUAAAUGAACAAAAUAGCCAAUGGUUCAACAUUCAUAACACCCAACAAAAUAUUCGACCCCAUUCAAAUAACUAUCAAACUAACCUAGGAAAUAAUGAACAAUCGAAUAAUCACUGGUUAAACUAUAACAAUCAUAAUCAAAAUGGACUAGAUUUUGAGAAUAACAAGAACAAUCUUUAUUGGGGUAAUAAUAACCAAAAUAAUCAAGGACUAUUAAACAAUGUUCAAAAUGGAAACCAAUUAACAACAAAUAAUUCAUUUGCUUUUUCACAACGUAACGCAUGUAAUUUAAGAUGCAGAAAAAGGGUAACAUUUCAAUAUGAUCCUGUAUGUGGAACUGACGAUAUCACUUACCAAAAUAGAAAUUAUUUAAAUUGCAUGAAGGAAUGUGGAAUUGUAACCGAAAUGGAAUACUUUGGUAAAUGUGUGACUACAACUCAACGCAUUCUUACAGUAUAACUAAAGAUGUAAACAAGAGUUUAAACAAAUUUGAUUAUAUUAAAUAUCAUGACCUUAUUAAAGAAACUUGUAUUUUUUUAUUCUAACUGUUAUUAAUACACAA